AUGGACAAACUCCUGAGAGCGAGAAAAUCUCAUGCCCCACGGAUGGAACGUGUCACAAAGGCACUAGAAAAGCUGGAAGAUGCCGAGCACGCGGAACCAGAGGACGUCGUCAUGGAAUUGGAUAACCUCAACAGCGUUUGGUCGUCUUAUCUCACCGUUCAGCAACGAAUUCUGGACUUGGCAGAAACUGAUGCCAUUUAUGAGGAAGCAAUGAGUCACCAAAUCGCCUUUGAGGAGGAGUACUUGGCGCUAAAAAAGGGUUUAGUAAAACUGCAGAGAAGGUUGGGAACAACUCGAACAACUCUCAACCAGCAGAAUGGCGGCAAUGCGAGCGUUAUUGACAUCUUGGUUCAGCAGCAGGCACAACUCCUACAAGCAUUAUCUGUAAAUGCAGGUGCCUCUUCCUCUCCGAUGACUCUCCUACCAUCACCUACAGCGCCGCCAGAUUGCGCACCGCUACCGGACCUUCGACUUCCAAGGAUGGAUCUGCCAAUUUUCAGCGGAAAAUACCUUGAAUGGAAGUCAUUUUAUGACCUCUUCUGUGGUUCUGUGCAUAAAAACCCGUCACUACGACCUUGUCAAAAAUUAUACUUUCUUAAGACGCACCUAGCUGGUGAAGCAGCUACGCUUGUGUCUCACUUAAAUGUGGAAGAUGCAAAUUAUCUACCAGCACUGGAUAAAUUGCAAAGUCGCUACUAUAAACCCCGUGAAAUUGCCAACCUACACAUUACUCGCUUUUUGAGCCAACCUGCUUUGACAUCAUCGUCCCCGGCCGGGUUGCGUUCCCUACACGAUGUUUCGGAUGAAGUGAUUCGGGCUUUGGCUGCUCUUCAACGUGAAGGACGAGACAUUUGGCUACUUCAUCUCGUCUACGAAAAGCUCGACCAACAAACAAAAGAGCUUUGGAGUCAAAAAACAAUGGACAUGGAAGAGAGUCACAUCACUGUCGACGCGUUGUUAAAGUUUAUAGAUAAUCGAUUCACUGCUCUUCAAUCAUCUCAAUCCACUCGAAAGUGCAUUCGAGAACCCAACACUGCUGUGCCCGUGAAAUCUCAACCACUGAGACACUCACACAAACUACUCUCGUCCGCUCUCGUGGCCACCGAUAAGCCAUCAUUAUCGUGCGGCGUUUGCUCAAAAGCCGGUCAUCAGCCGUAUAAAUGCGUAUUUCAACCAAAUGGCACUCCGCCAACAAAUAACGUAACUGUCCCGGUAGCGCCUCAAACGCCUAUCUCGUCAUUUAACCUGACUGAUCAUCUCGAUGGAUCGAAUGUGCUGUUACUAACAGCUACAGUUGAUGUUUUCGAUCGAUACGGUCGUCGUCAUGCUGCUCGCGCGGUACUCGACUGCGCCUCUCAUCUUAGUUUCAUCCGGAAGGAUUUUUGCGAUCGACUAGCCAUAGAAAAAUCACCAAUCGAUUUAGACUUUCAUGGGAUAUCGGCAACCAGCUCACAUUCCAGCAUGGGUACAUCGGUCACCUUUGCCUCGCGAUGCUCUAGCUAUCGCUCUACAAUACCAUGCGCGGUAUUGGAUCGAAUUUCGUCUGACCUUCCAUUACGCCCUGUUGAUAUUAGCGACUGGCAAAUUCCUGAUUCAGUCUACCUAGCUGAUCCGCAAUUCCAUCAUCCGGGAAAAAUAAGUCUAUUAUUAGGCUUACAACCUUUCCUAGAUUUGCUUGAACCAGGGCGAAUAAACUUGGAUGUAGAUGGUCGUUUCCCCAUUUUGCAAAACACAAAGCUGGGCUGGGUGGUGUCAGGCCGUUACGAGGAUAGCAAAUCAAUGAAAAACUCUCCCACCUGCCUAAUCACUUCCCACAACGAAACACUCUCCCAACAACUGCAAAAGUUUUUCGAAAUUGAGGAUUAUGUGAACCCUAGCCAGCAUCUCAGCGAAGAAAAACGAAAAUGUGAAGCAUACUUCGAGCAACACACUACUCGUGAUCAGGCUGGCCGUUUUGAAGUUCGACUUCCGUUUCGCGAGGAUCCCAAUACCCUUGGUGCAUCUCGUGACAUUGCUUUGAAGCGGCUCGAACAUAUCGAGAGAAAGUUGAUAAAAUCCCCUCAAUUAAAGGUUAAUUACCACGCCUUUCUGAAGGAAUAUUUAUACGCUGGCCAUAUGAGCCUUGCUGAAAUUUCAGCCCCAAAAGGGGCCGUCUACCUUCCUCAUCAUUGCGUACUGAAGGAAACCAGCUCGACUACAAAAUGUCGCGUCGUAUUUGAUGCUUCGUCCAAAACGGCUAGCGGCAAAUCAUUAAACGACGUGCUAAUGACUGGACCGGUUCUACAAGAUUCGCUUGUUAACAUUUUGCUACGUUUUCGCACCCCGGCCAUCGCCCUCACAGGAGCUGUUCGACAAAUGUAUCGCAUGGUGAAAGUGGCUGCAGCAGAUUGCAACUAUCAGCGUAUACUUUGGCGGUGGAACGAAAAGGACCCGGUCGACGAGUACACAUUAAACACCGUUACCUAUGGUACCAAAUCUGCGUCCUACUUAGCUACAAAAUGUGUCCAGCAAUUGUUAAGCAAUAUUGCUGAAAGUGAUCCUGAUACGUUCCAGAAGGCAUCAAUGGGAAUUUACGUCGAUGAUAUUUUGACCGGCGCGGAUUCCCCAGAGGAGGCACGGCAAUUGCGACAACAAUUAUCCGAAAUUUUUUCAAUGGGAGGCUUUCACCUCCGCAAAUGGGCAUCGAACCACUCUUCCGCUUUGGAAGGUGUACCAGAAGCUGACCUCGAAGUGAAAAUCCCCAUCGAACUCCACGGCAGCGACACAAUCAAGGCCCUUGGAAUCCACUGGCAGCCGUGUAGCGACGAGUUCACGUUUUGGUAUCAACCCUCUAAGAGCUUUCAGCCCACAAAGCGCAUCAUCCUGUCACAUAUCGCCAGUCUCUUCGACCCGCUGGGUCUGCUUGCCCCAAUUAUCGUCAUGGCGAAACUGGUAAUGCGCAAACUGUGGGAGCUGAAGGUGGACUGCGAUACAACUCCCCCUGGUGAGUUGAUCAAUGAUUGGCUUAUAUUUGCACAGAAUCUGUCGUCUCUCAAUUCGUUUCAGGUUCCUCGGCGUGUGAUCGAUGCACGAAAACCAGUGAAACUCUACCUGCACGGCUACAGUGACGCCUCCGAGAAGGCCAUGGGAGCCUGA